CCAGGAAUGGCCCCCUGCCCAGCACGGUCUCCCCCGGCGGCAGGUGGAUGGGAUCCCCGCCGCCACCGUCCACCGGGACGAGGUCGAAACCGGACAUCUGCUCUGCAGGCGGGACUGGAGGGAGCGUCACCCCGGUUCACUGGAGUGCACGGGCUGUUUCAGACUUUUGGACUAAGCUAUUAUGCAGCAUGACUCCUCGAGGACCUCGCCUGUGUCUCUCCUCUCUAAAAGAAAAGCCUCCCUGAUAUCCACCUGCAACACCCCCCCUCAAAACUUUGCUGAGCUGCUGCCGACAGAAAUGAGCGUGAAGAUCUUUGGCGAGCUGGACACCGAGAGUCUGUGCAGCGCGUCGCGGACCUGCAAGCUGUGGCACCACAUCAUUGAGGAGAGCGACCAGGUGUGGAGGAGGCCGUGUCUGCUGGUCGGAGCCGUCUGUCAGGGCGAGGUCGACAGCGACAGGAGAGACGGCCUGUCGUGGAAGGUCACACUGGUGAAGAACUACACUCGCAGCUGUUUGAAGAGAGACUGGCUGAGAGGUCGCUACAGCCACGUGAGAUCAGCGGAGGAGCUGAGCGGCAGGAAGAUGACGGCGCUGGACGCUGAGACCUGGGGAGAGAUCCUGCAGGCCGAGCUCGACAGAUGACCGACAGAUGCUCUGACAUUUAGGAUUUUUCAAAGCACCUCUGGCACUUUUGAGUGCCUGAUUUUUUAACGCUAAUAUAUUUGAUACUUUUUUUGUUUUAUGCGAAUACAAACAAACAAUUGUACAUAUUCUUUUAGUUUGUACUUUUUUCAAGAAAAAAAAGAUCAUGAAGAAAAUGAAAUACUGACAUUAUCGGGUGAAAAUAUUACAAUUAAGCAGUUUCAUUGCUUCGAUGUAAAAACGACUGUGAUGCAAUAAAAUACAGUGUUGCCAAA